AUGGGUUCACGAGACUAUUCGAAAGAUUCUAUUAGAACAAGACAACCAGUAGUCUGGAUAGCUGGCCAUGAAGGCUUACGGAAUUAUCUGUCGCAUGUAAUUAAAAUUUUUGGAAAUCUUGGGUACAAAUUAUACAUCGGUGAAUUACCUGAAAAUAUUUCUUUCGAUGUCUUAUGGAGUCAUCAGUAUUCAUUUUAUGACCCAUUGUUCAGCUUACACUUGACCAAACUGCAACCCUAUCAAAAGGUCAAUCAUAUACCUGGAUCAGGAUAUUACACAAGCAAGGUAAGCCUUGCUACAGCAGGCCUAACAUUUGGAAUACCAAAAGCUUUCGAUUUACCAACAAGGCGAGAUGAAUUUCAAGCUUAUGCAAGAACGCAUCCAGAUAGGUUAUGGGUGAGGAAAAGUAAGGAACAUCGAGGGAUCAGAAUUCGAGAUAUCAAAGAGCUCCAUUUUUCGGAUAAUGAUUCGUUUAUUCAGGAAUACAUAUCACGCCCAUUUCUCAUUGAUAACCGUAAGUUCGAUAUUGGUAUUUAUACGGUGAUCGCAUCAGUUUUACCGCUUCGCGUAUAUAUUUAUGUGGGAGAUGUAUUGCUACGCUUUUGUUCUAAAGAUUACGAACCAUUUGAUGCUGACGAUGUUGACAAAUACGUUGUCAGUGACAACUACACACCACUUUGGGAGAUGCCAUCAUUAAAGAAAUAUUAUGUUGAGCAAGGAAUGACUUUUCAACAUGCGUUCAAUGCAUAUAUCGCGAAAUUAGGCAAAGAUCCAAGUUUAAUUUGGGAUCGUAUCAAAGAAAUUAUUGCUGCUGUUUUCGAGUCGCAGCAAAAUAAAAUGCUUGCUGCUGGAGCGAAUUUUGCUGACAAAAGGCCAUUCUUCGAACUAAGCCGUUUUGACUUCGUACUUGAUAAGGACCUCAACGUUUAUUUGAUGGAGGCGAAUAUGUCACCAAACUUAUCAUCAGGACAUUUUCAACCAAACAAACUUCUUUAUGAGCAAGUAAUCAUCAAUGUGCUUUCAUUGGUCGGUAUAGCUUCACACUUGCAUGGAAUAUCCCUUGAAGAUCGUUUUAAAGAUAGAGAUAGUCAAGAAAUGCUCGUUUCUGAUCGGGAUCUCCAAGUGUUCAGCAAUGACUGCGAGUUCAAGUGUUUCGGCAAAGAUGGCUGUAAAAAGGAACUGAAAUGUCAACUAUGUAACCACUGCAUGAACUAUCAAUUACGGGACAUCCUACGAUCGGCUUAUGAAGAGCACAUGUCCAGACGUAACAUGCGCCGAAUAUUACCGCGUACGGUACAUGAACCAGAAUAUGUUAGUCCAUCGUAUAGUGAACUGGACGAAUUACUGACUCUCUGGUUCGACGGUAAAUGUAAAGAUGAUAAAACUUGGUGUAUUUGAGUAUUCAGCAAUAUGGUAUAGCAAACUUAGUCAGAAACCUAGAGUGCUGAUAAGUAUAUUUCCUUCCUUUACUUUUAUACCAC